UUUUAUUUAUUUUGGUUAUCAAUUAUGUACUCGUGUUCCAGCAAUUGAUGAACAUCUUUUUCUAAAUCUCGUCGGUUUUUCUCCGAUUUCUCACAACAAUCUCUCUCUCUAUCUCUCCCUCCCUCUCCAAUUUCUUUUGCUCCGCACAUUCUCUUCUUCAGUUGGUGGAAGUUUAGCUGAAUUUGAGAAGUGGGAAGAGAAGUUUUAUUGUGCCGAGGAAGGAUAAGACUGCACAAAAUGCCUGCACAAAAGAUUGAAACCGGUCAUAGUGAUGUGGUUCAUGAUGUUCAAAUGGAUUAUUAUGGAAAACGUGUUGCCACUGCAUCGUCUGAUGCCACGAUUAAGAUAAUUGGUGUGGGCAGUAGUUCAGCUGCACAGCCUCUUGCUACAUUGACUGGCCAUCAAGGCCCUGUUUGGCAGGUUGCAUGGGCACACCCGAAAUUUGGGUCUAUUCUUGCUUCGUGUUCCUAUGAUGGUAGGGUGAUUAUAUGGAAGGAGGGAAAUCAGAAUGAGUGGGCACAAGCUCAUGUGUUCCAUGAACACAAAGCCUCGGUUAAUUCCAUCUCUUGGGCACCUUAUGAAAUAGGGCUGUGUUUGGCUUGUGGAUCGUCUGAUGGGAGCAUCUCGGUCUUCACUGUUCGUUCUGAUGGUGGUUGGGAAACCAACAAGAUUGAUCAAGCUCAUCCUGUUGGGGUGACAUCUGUUUCGUGGGCUCCAGCAACAGCUCCAGGAGCUCUUGUUGGAUCAGGAUUGCUAGAACCUGUUCAUAAACUGGUUUCUGGGGGUUGUGAUAGUACCGUGAAAGUGUGGAAGCUUUACAAUGGGACAUGGAAGAUGGACUGCUUCCCUGCUCUUCAGAUGCACUCAGAUUGGGUGAGAGAUGUGGCUUGGGCUCCUAAUCUAGGGCUUCCUAAGUCCACAAUUGCUAGCGCUUCACAGGAUGGAACUGUAGUUAUAUGGACAGUGGGCAAAGAAGGUGAGCAAUGGGAGGGCAAAGUUUUGAAGGACUUCAAGACUCCUGUUUGGAGAGUAUCUUGGUCUUUGACAGGGAACUUGUUGGCCGUUGCAGAUGGUGACAACAAUGUUACGUUGUGGAAAGAGGCGGUUGAUGGAGAGUGGCAGCAGGUUUCAACAGUGGAACCAUAGGUUUUUCACAAUUCUCUUUGUAAUUUCUACCUUACUACAUUUUCUCUUUUUAUGGACAUGACUGAACUAGUUGUUAGUCUGUUGCUGCUGCAGUUUUGUUGUGUGGUGAAUACUGUUUAAUGUAUUGUCUAGUAUGAUAUUGUCUUACAAUUUUUUACAUCA